AUGGCAGCGCCGAUCAUCACGGGAGUGGUUAUCCGGGACAAACGCUUCCUUCGCUGGGUCGGAGAAACGCUGGAGUUCCGCUGGCUUCGCAAUAAGGAUUCCGAGGAGAGGAAAGGACUGCUGGAAGACUUGCUGCCAUCUCUAGCCUGCGGAGCUGUCACAGGAAAUGACUUCCUGUCUCUGCAGGAAAUACUAAGCCAGGUUGAUGUGAACUGUGGUGAUUAUGACGGCACCACCCCCUUGCACAUGGCAGCCAUCUGCGGCAACACUGACAUGGUCAAAUUCCUGCUGGCCAGGGGGGCAGAGCCCACAGUGAGAGACCGGUUUGGAGGUACCCCCCUGUACCUCGCUAUCAAAUACAGAAACUACGAUAUUAUAAAGAUCCUUCGAGCUAAGGGGGCCUCACUAGCUCUCCCUCCCGUUAGAGUCGGUCUGGAGAUCUGCAAUGCAGUAGCCACAAAGGACUUCCAGCUGCUGCACGGAUGGUUCCUGUCGGGAACGAACCUGGAAGAGGCCGACUACGACACGAGGACCCCGAUGCAUGUAGCUGUGUCUGCCAACGAUCCAGAGAUGGUGGAGAAACUGCUGUACUAUGGAUCCACACCACUGGUGAGGGAUAAUUGGGGUCGCACAGCAGUUGACGAUGCUCGUAGGGGAGAGUUGCAGGAGAUCCUCAAGAUCUUCCAUCCCAAGUACACAGAGCAGUUCCCCACCAUAGAGGUGUACCAGAAAUUCAAAAGCAAGCAGAGCAGCGGCGAGAUCUGAGCGCUCAGUGUGCACCAGCACCACCCUGCCUGCAGAGGCACACAGUCGGGCAAAUAAAUACCAUCAGAAACCCACUGAGCCUUUCUCAGUGUCUUCAGUGUAAAUUUAAUGGCAAACGUUUCCACUAGAAGUCUUUCUCAGUGUCUUCAGUUUGUCAUUUAAGGUUUUUUUUUAGCAUUUCUAAGCUUGCGUGUUUAAUAGUAAUGGAUGAUAUCUCUACUUGGUUUGAAACUUAGAGUGGGGAUUUGAGCAGGAUUGCAGGUCUGUGCAUACUCCAGUUAAUUUACAUACCCACCUCCCCCUCAAAGCACAGUUACUUCGUCUGAUUUUGAAAUACUAAAAGAAACAUAGUGGAUUCAGUUCAGAUGUAUUUAAAUUGUCAUUUUUAUUCAGCAUACUAAAAAAAUAAACCAUUUGU